AUGGCGUUUGUCGCGACGGGCGCCAGCCGCCGAGACUCCGCCCAUGCAAUCGCUGAUUGGUCCAUGGCCGAAAGGCGUGGCAGCAGCGCCUCCGGAGGUGGCCAUAUUGCAAGAUGAACGAAGCUUCUGCGAUGGAUCACCACUUUUUUUGAGGGUCAUUGGGACCGGAGUCGCCAUAUCAGACGAGAAGCGCCUUUUUUUGUUUCUAUCCGCACAUCCGCAGUCUUUUCGUUUUUGACUGUCCCUUGGCCUUUUUCGGCAGCUACGACUCGAAGUAUAAUUUCUAAAUUGUUUUUUUCUAACAAACUCAUUUUUUUUAUAAUCUUUUUUAAAAUUCUCUUUUAUAGAAACCCUUUUCUCAAGCCUUCGCGGUUAAGAAUAAUGAAAAAGUUAUCGAUCGGUGGGCUGAAUCGUACAAAACUGUCUCGUUAGUUAUUAAAUUCAAUUGAGAAAGUAGUUCAAAUUUCGCGGAAUUUCUUGUUUUCGAACAUUCUUUUAAUUUUCUCUUGCUAAUAACUUUUUGCAAAAUGUUGCCUUCAUAACCAGUACUGCAGUUCACAAUUUUUCGGAAAUUCCUUCAUUAUGAACGCUUGCUUUUUUUCUGAAAGAUGGUUUUUAAAAAAAUUUUUUUUUCAAAUUAAAAAUAGUUGUUUUUUUAAUAGCAUUUCGAAAUUGUCAGCUACUAGUUUUAUUGAGAGAAAUAAUUAUCCUUUUCUUCAGAACUUGAUUUUGAUCUCAAAACUUGAGUGUCAAUUCGUUUCAAGUUUCCCGGAAGACAUUUAGCGACAAGAAAAAGAAAACAAAUCAAAAAUUGAGCCUCGGAUAACGGAAAAGUGACAAAAAGGCGCGCGUCUGAUAUGAUCUGGCACGUUCGCCGUCCAAAGUUUGGCGGCGAAGAUGAAAAGACGAAGAUAGUGGUGGCAGAUGCCAGAUUUCGCGGCCACGCCGAUUCAUCACUGGCCUCGGACGGCCGAGUCCUUCUGCAUAGGCCUGAGUCCGGGCUCUCAAACAAAAAUUUUUCUCCAAAACUUCUAAAUUGAAAACGAUUAUUAACAAAAACAAAAAAUAAUGUGAAAAAUUCUACUUCCUAAAAAAUUUAUCAAGCUAGGAGAUUGAUCAAAAACUCAAAAAUCUUUUUUUCUUCUGUUCCAGAUUGGUUUCUAGUAGAAUUCAAACUCAAAAAUGAAGAUGGAAAGAAGAAAAGAAGGAUCCGAGCAAGCCAUUAUUUAAUUAAUUUAAUUUUGUUAAAAAAAUUCGUUAGUGACGAUGACAAUGAAAGUUGAAAGAUUGAAUGAAGUUAAAAAAAUACGAUAAACUUAAUUUUUUUUCUUCGAAUAAAUUAAGAAUCUCAUCAGAAAAAAACUUCGCUUUAACUUUUAUACCAAUAACCGAAGAAAAAAAUAAACAAAAAGAAAAAUUUAUUAGUCUUCGAAAAAAAUCCAGUAUUACAAGACCAGUAAUUAUUUUGAAUCUCUGGUUUGGCCAUAACAAUCAAAAUACCUAGUGAAAUGUAAAAUUUGCCCCCAAACGAGCUCUUUCCUAAUAAUAAUUCAAAAAGAACGGAAACUGUUAUUUGCUCCUUCAUUUUGAAUAUAAAUGCGAAAAAGUUCCUUUCCCACAAAUCUGACCUUUUUUUUCCAUGGCGACCUUUAUUGAAUCAUGUCACUCACACAAAAAUUACUCGGGAAAAGUCGGAAUGAUGGAUAAUGGCCGUUAAAAGGAAGAGGCUCAAAAAAGGCCGUAGAAAGGCAGCAAAGAGACUCCCUUUAUCGAGCCUUCCAUUUUUCUUGGAGUUUGAAGGCUCAAGAAAUAGUGGAGAAAGGGAGAGGCCGCAAAAAUAGUGCAUAAGGGCUGAGAAAAUGAAGCAAAAAGGCAGCAAAAAGGGACCCUUCAUCACCCUAAAAGGAAAAUUUCUAUGGAGCCUUCCAGCAGCCUUUAUCACCCUCGGAGGGUCCUUCCGACUUUGUCUAUUUACAGUGCACAGAAUAUAAGAGACUUAAACUAAGAAAAGAUUUAAAUACUAAAAAUUUUCAGAUUUAAAGACUUCUCAUCAAACUCCGAAAUUAAAUUUAAAAUGAAAAAAUUUACUUCGGAAUAAACAUUACCGAAGACGUGGUGAUUUUAUUCGGACAUGUUCCCAACAUCUUUUUUAACUAAACAUCUCAGGAAAUGGAAUUAAGGGAUUAAAUAUAUACUUGCUGUUUACAUCUAGUUUUUUUUUCUCCACAAGACCAAUGGGUAGAUGAAGUACGGUAAGAAAAAAAAAAAGUCUUUAGUAGAGAUACUGGCUUUGUGCACCAGAAUCCGGUAAAGAGCGGGUGUCUGGACGCUCCGAGCACUCGUCGGCGGCGGCGUGUCCCGACAAGAAGCCGCGGCGGCACGAUGAAGCUCUCGUCAACUACCGUAAGCCAACGGCUUUGAAGUGUUGCCGCCUCGGGCAAUCUCACCGGAUUUUCUGA